AACUGCAGAUCGUUCCGUCGAGUAAAACGUUUUUUUCCCCGAUUUCGAUCUCUCACCUUCCCGUACUCCCAUCACUAUACUCCGGUAUCCGAUGCCGUCUCGGCCGUUCCGACACCGUCGCGACCCGUAACACGCACAAGGCACAACACGCGCGACGACUCUGCAGCCGCCGUCGACGAUCUGCGCCGCGUUUCCUCUUCGUUCAAAGUCGUCGUCGUCCCGUUAUCUUUGUUAUUGUUUUUUUUUUCGUUCGUUUUUGCUAUUUUUUUACGCACUCCCGCCGCUCUCUCUGUUCGCCACCACCACGGCACCACUACAGCCUGCCGUACGGGGACACGAUCGCACUCGCGAUUCACAAGUUACAUACAAUAUACACAUUAUUGUUGUUAAAUACGUGCAAUAGUAAUUAUAAUAUUACAUAUUAUUUUUAAAAAAAACAUAUUAUUAUCAUUAUUGUUGUUGUUAUUACUAUUAUUAUUACGCACAAGAAACAACUUUCGGACCGCCGCCGCCGCGUCGUUUUAUUUCGUCGGACGAAUAAAAAAAAUAUAAUAUUAUCCCAUACAACCGUAUAAUACGCGACGCACAAACAUCGUACGCGCACGCACACGGCCGUGCAAUAAUAAUACAUUAUAUUGUUGCGGUUCAUCGUCGUCAUCGUCAUUCCGUGUGCCUGCUCGUUGUUUCGUUUAACUUGGUAACAACGGUCGUAACAAUAAAGAAAAUAAUGCGCAGUGUGCUCGCCUCAGUUGUUUGAAGAAGAACGUCGCAGUUAUGCGCCUUUUGUGAAAGACAAUUUUUCGACUUUUUCCGAUAUCCAUACCGUAUUGAUAUAAAAUUUACAACAAUCAUAUACUAUAAACGCACUGAUCGUAGUGACGACACAUUAUUUAUGGCUAUCAAUCAGAUACUAUCGUCGAGCGCCCACAGAGCCCUAGCGCACGAGUACAAGAGUCUUCAGGAUGAACCCGUCGAGGGAUUCAGAGUGAAGCUGAUCGAGGACAACCUACGAGAGUGGGAAGUGGCCAUAUUCGGACCACCGGAAACCCUGUACCAAGGAGGAUAUUUCAAGGCUCAUAUGAAGUUUCCAGCAGACUAUCCAUAUUCGCCACCAACUAUAAGAUUUCUGACAAAAGUAUGGCAUCCUAAUGUGUAUGAGAAUGGUGAUUUAUGUAUUUCAAUUCUUCACCCACCAAUAGAUGAUCCUCAGUCAGGAGAGUUACCAUGUGAAAGAUGGAAUCCUACCCAAAGUGUCAGGACAGUAUUACUAUCUGUAAUUUCUUUACUAAAUGAACCAAAUACAUUCAGUCCUGCUAAUGUAGAUGCUUCCAUCAUGUACAGACGGUGGAAAGAUUCCAAAGGAAAAGAUAAAGAAUAUGAAAACAUAAUAAAAAAACAAGUUGUAAGCGGCCGAUUAGAGGCUGAUAGAGAUGGAGUUGUGGUUCCACUUACUCUUGAAGAUUAUUGUAAAGUGAGCCAUGUUGCUCGUUCUUCAGCUGCUGCUGCUGCUAUGGAUAGUGAUUUUUAUGUAGAAGACUACGACUUAGAUGUUGAGUCUGAUGCUAACUCUGAAGAAGAGUAUCAGGAUGAUGCUACUGAUAGUGGCAAUGGUGAAUCGUGAAACCAAACAACUAUUAGGCAUUUACAAAACAUUAAACAAUAUUUAAUAAACAGACAUAAUAAUUGCUAUUGAAAAUUUGUCUGUGUUGGACAAAAUAAUUUAAGCCAUUGAUUUAUGUUCUGUUUUGGGGUCAAUGGUCUCUUUGCAUGUGAUCUUAAACAUUAAGAUAACAAUAUGUGACAUUGUUCUGAUAUCCUACAGUCACUUUCAUAUAUCCCUGUAUACAUUAAUACUUACAUUUAUAUACACAUACAUACAUAAGUAUAUAUUUAUAUACAUAUAAUUUUUUGCUUCCUCCAAAUUUUAACUUAAGUGUAUAAUUUUUUAAUAAAUUACUACUAAAAAAAAAAAUUAAUAAUAAUAUAAUAUCUAUUGACUUAGUUUAUAGCUUCUUCUUGGUCAUCCCAUCUUCUAUAAACUUAAUCCUUCUUAAAGUGUUUUGUUUCUUUAAUUAUUUGUUUUAAUCCCUUGUAGGCAGUUAAAAUGACUGAAAAUGUUAUUUGUCAAAUUUAAAUACUGUGUUAUUGCUACACUCUUGUAGAUAGUAAAUUGAAUUUAAUGUUUAUUAUUGUUUUUAAUACUUAUGUCUUAUAUAUGUGAUAACAAAAAAAAAAAAAAUGAGCUCAUUACAUGAAAUAAACAUUUCAUUUAAAAUUCAUUUUUUUUUUAAUUUGUCUAUUUUGGUACUAUAAAAUUUUUUGUUUAGAAUUAUAAGACAAAAAAAAAAACAAAAACAAAAAUAGUUUACCUACCAAUUUAUGUAUUUAUAAAUUUUAAUGAUGUCUUUAAUUUGUUCACUAUUGAUCUACAUACUUUCGUAUUUGUUAUUAGGGUAUUAUAUAUAUAAAGACACGGCUAAGAAUGAUUGCACAUUUUUUUAAUCGGUCAGACCAUUUUAUGAUAUAUUUUAUUAACGUGUAAAAUGUAUUAAGAAUAUAUGUGUAUACGUGUUUUGGUGCGAAUACCUACUUAAAAAUUAAACAAAUAUUAUGAACUUACGAGUUAUAUAAGUUCACAUAGUUGAUUAAGAGAUUAAUUUUAAAAUUGUAUUCUAUUAUACUAUUUAGUUGGUGGUUUUAUUUAUUUUGUGUAAUUAACACACCAAUGUUUCUUGUCUAAUUUGGUCUAACACAAUACACAUAUUAAAUUUCACAAUAUUAGUAAAAAUAAAACCUGUGGUUGCUGUAUUUGAUAUACAGACUUCAAAAGAGAAAACUUUAAUCAACCCUAAUUGUUUUAUAUAACUGUUGGAUAAAUAUAAUUUGUUCGAAAUUGUGAAAUACUUUUUUAAAACUAUAGGAACAUUAUUCAAAAGAUAAAAUGUCUGUCCAAGAAACACUAUGAUAUAACAAUAUUAUUAUCUUUAAUAGUAAAUUAUGUAUUGGUAGAAUCUAUACAUAAAAUAUAUACCUCCACAGGACCCGUGAUAUACAACAAUGGAUAUUCAAAUACAUAUAUAUAUAUAUACAUAUAAACAUAUAAAUAUUUUUUAUGUUUGAUUAUACAUUAUUUGUAUGAUUGUUGUUAUUAUAACUGUGUACGGAUCAACAAUAUAACAUUAUUUAUAAGUAGAAAAUUAUCCUACUUUUUUGUACGUAAGAUAAACGCCAACGCUUAAAAAAAAAAUAACUGUUAAUACCAUGUAAACACGACUUCUGAAAUCUAAUGUGUGAAUGUAUUGUAUAAUAUAGUAAAAUGUAUCUUUUGUAAUAAUA